AGGUGGACCAGCAUCAGCCAGUGGCAAAAACGUCAAAGCAACUACCGCUGGUUCAAAAACAACGACGUCCACAAUUGUUCCUGGCAUACCUGGCGUUGGGAAAAACAGUGGCAUCACGUUCAAACCGCGGAAGGAAGAGCCAUCAGGUGCCGCAGCGAAGAAUACAGCUUGGAAAAAGAAAAAGUUAUGUACUUAGACUUCUCUUCUUUAUUAACAUCUUUCGAUUGGUGAAUGACUGUUGAAUUGGAUAUUCGUUUUCGUCUCUCUUCCGUCUUACGUGGACUACUAGUGCUGGAAGUGGAGGUCAACUGCAUCAUCCACGUUAUUAUAUCCUUCUACUCGUAGUAGAGUUUCUCCCUUUAACCUUAGCUUGGGCAGACAUGCGAACUGAUGACGACACAACUGAGGAUGAAUCUCGAC